CUCCCAAUGACAGCUGUUGUUUUCUUCCAUUCCUUCUGCGUCCACACAUAAAACACAAACAAAAAGCCAGAGACGAUCGCUCACACAAUCCGCUAGUUGGUAAACAACAGGGUUUUGCUUUUUUAGCUCUGAAUUUGUUUUUGUUUCGCAUCCUGCAGUGAAAUCGAAAUGUUCCCAGUGUUUUGCAGUUCCGAAUAGAGACGCUAGAGGUGUUUGCAAAGCAGGGCAUUGAUUGUUCCACCGAUCGAUCCGGAAAAGAUGGAUGUUAUCCCGAAAUCGCACAUCGCACGCGUAGUGUUAGCGUACCUCUACGAGCAGAAACUGACCCGGGCAGCGGAGGAAUUCUGCAAAUCAAGUCCCUAUCUGAGGGAGGAGAAGCAGUUCCUCAAACAUGGAUCCCGCCCGUCUAUGAUAUUCCAUGCCAAGCUGGUGGAUUUAUUUCGGCAAUAUGGCGAGAUUCAGAUCAAAGUGAAUAACUUUGUGGAAAAAUACGGCGAUGAGUUAAAGAUUCCGAGCGAUGCAUCGCUAGUGCGGAAGGUGGACUUUUUGCUGUGGGUGAUUAGGAAAGCUCGUCGGUCGUCGGCUGGCGGCGCUGACAAGGGGGAGCACCCGAAGGUGCCCCAGUCGGCGGGAAGCAAGCGAUUCCGUGCUCGGGCAUCGCCACAUCCUUCGCUCUCGAGCAGCACACCGGAGGUGGGCGAACCGAAGCAGAAGCGGGUUCGGUUGGAUAACUCUUACAUCGUGCUGAAUGAGACCGGAAGUGGGAGGAACUUGUCGAACUUGUCGCAUAUUUCCGCCAUCACGGAUGGGGACAGCACACAGGAUUCAGUGGCGGGGGAGGGAGCCCAAACAGCAGAGAGUAAGGAGGAGGAAGAGCGAGAGGCCACAGAGCCUUCCGGGGAUGGGGGCGAAGAGUUGAAUAAGUUUCCCUCGAUGGAAUUAUUUUCGCAGACUUUGCUGGAGAACGCGAAUUAUUCGGUGAAGAUAGCGGAUUUAAUCAACAAGGGUUUGGAAACUUCAACGAAUACUCAGGUUGAUCCCAGAGAAGGGCCGUCAUCCGCAUAUGUCGAGCCAGCCAGUGAAGCGCCGAGAGAUCAGCCAAACGACAAUCAGUCGUUUAAUAUCAAUCUUGAAGAGAUUAUUUCGAAUAUCGUAAACAGUGCGGUACAGGAUCCAGUGUUCGAUGGGAUUAUGGAAGAUAUCACAAGCAAAGCAAUCAAAACACAAAAUACCAAGGAGGGUGAAAAAGAGGAUGUUACUCCUCCACCGGAAACACCUUUGAAGGAUAGACUGCGGAAAACUUGUAAAAAGAAUUAUAAUCCGGCUUCAGUGAGGAAAUCGGCGAAGAAAGUUAAGGUAAUAUCGGAUGUUCCCUUCUAUGGAACGAUUUCGGCGGUGGUAGACCCGGACACCUCCGUUGUGCAACCAGAAGUGUCGUCAACGGAAAAUCCUCAAGUCGCACCGAUAAGUGGGGCGACGCAAUUCUAUGUUAUCCAACCGGAUAAUAGCACCAAAUUGAUGGAUAUCAAUCAGCUUCAAUUCCCCACCCAGCAAAUAAGUAUUCCGGAAACAUCAGCGAUAGCGCAAGUGCCUCCAACGUUGAUUUCGAUUCCCAACAGUGGCUUCCAGGAACCCACCUACUACCUCAGCUACUUCAUUGAGACAGGAUCUCAGCUUCCGAUGAUACCGGCUAACUAUCCGACUGGAUUUACGGAACCGACGGUCAGUAAUUCACUGGUACCAAGUCAGCCGGAAAUCCUUCCAAGUCCGGACAAGUUUCUUAUCUUUCCGGUCUCAUCCUCAUCCGCUGUUUCAAACCCCUCAUCCGAUAGUGUUACGAUCGCCUGCACAACAACGGCUGCCAUAAGCACUGGCACAACGACAACCACAGCGACCACCAGCAGUAUCGUCUGUUCAAUUCUGCCAAAGAUCGAACCUGCCGCCACCGCGGCCCCCGCCACCGGAACCCCCCAGAGCUACGUCGUAUCCAAUCCUAAAGCAAAAUGUGCGUCAACUCCGAGCCGCAAGGCAGCUCACAUUCGAUUUUUAAACUUCCACACACCCGCAAAGCCGGUCGAUCAAAGGCCACACAUUGCAACGCCCACAUCGGCCCCAGCCUCGGUUGAUCACCGCAAAAAUCAUCGCUUACCAGCCAUCGCUCCGAAACCGCCGCCGCUGGUUCCGAUAACGGAAAACGAAUACCCUACUCUGGCGCAGAGCUCGAACGCGCCCGGACCCUCCACUUCAGGAACUCCCAGAGUUGCCAAAGAUCCACGAACUUGCGUGCGUGUUCUUUCCCGAUCUGCGAGCGAAGGCGGUGACGAGCCUGACGAGUGUCCCGAGCGUAAGCCCGAAAUAGUGGAGGCAACGGUAAAUCCCGCUACAGCAGCAACGGCAGCAGUCGCACCAUCUCCACAACCACUGGCUAAUCCCGCUCCAAAACCAAUGGUCGAAAUUCCGGCGUCGGAAGUUUCGCGCAAAAAACUUGCGUCAACCUCCAACAUAGACCUGGAAGAGUGGCGUCGGAUCCGUUCCGUGUCCAAGGCCAACUUUGAUCAACACUUGCGGCAGGUGGAGGAACAGAGACAGUUGCAGAUUCCUCGGCCACAGCCCAAAAAGAAAAAGAAGAAACCCACACGAAGAAAGUCGGUGCCCGUCGUCGAGCAAAAUGAUUCCCUUGAAACGACCCCUGUGGAGCACAGCUCGUUGACCGAGGAACACGCCCAGAUGCUGGAGGAUGCUCUUGCGUCGGCAAAGAAAGAUGACACGAAAGCUAGCGCUAAGACGCCGGCAAAAACGAAGGCCUCGAAGGUCAUCGAGGAGUUGCGCCAGGAUAAAAUCUACGUGAAGAUUACCACACCCAAGAAGCGGACCCCUGGGAAGUUGAGCCCGAAGCGGAGGAUGUCCCGGAGUGGACAGUCCGCCAAAAAGAAACGAGUCAGCAGCCCCCGGAAGAGCGUGAAAGAGGAGCCCAAACCCCAAACUGAUGAACCUGCGGAGACUGCGGAGAUGGAGGACGUGAUAUUGGAAGAGACUCCUAACGAAGUCGUGGUCGUCACAUCAUCGGAAUCGCUAGUUCCACCAGCUGAUGGUGAUGGUGAAAGUCCAGACGUGCCGUUGGAUAGAACUCCCGAAAUAGAGCAACCGCCUCAGCAAGAGGAGAAACAAGACCCUGAAGAAAACCAGGAGCCGGCGAACCCCUCAAAGUCGGGUGAACCCUCGCACAACGUUUCCCAAAAAGAGCAGCUCCAGCCCCAGUCUCAAGAACAGCAGCAGCAAGAGGAUAAGGAAACCGAAGAACCAGCGAACUCUUCGAAGUUGAGCGAAUUCUCAUUCAACGCUUCCCAACUGCUGCAAACUCCCUUCAAAAUAGAUCUGCCAAGCUGUCCUGUCACGCCACGUUUCCUAGUGCCUUCUCCUAUGCCGAUCACACCGAUGACGAAAACAAAUCGCGACACCAGCAGUGGCUGUGAUGGGGCCUCUUCCCUCACCAAAGGCUGUGAUAUCCAAACGCCAAGCUUCCCUAUCACUCCGGGUUUGAUCAGCACACCCAUAUCCAUCAGCUCGGUCAGUCCCCAGAGCCACGCAGGUGGUGCCUCCCGUCGGACCGAUUACUCAUCCGGAGGAUCAUACUACAGACCGGACGAGUCCGAGGAUUUGGAUCAAAACUUGGAAGCUAUGCAGCUAGCCGAGCGGAAGAAACGCAUGGCAGCAAAGUCAGUGGCCCCAACAGUGGAACCGUCAGCCGUGGCACCACCGAAGGAUGACGAGCCUGAGGAUCAGCCACCUUCUCCGGCGAAAUCAGCCGCCGCAAGCAACUCGAGUGGUGAAUCCUCCUCCAGCAGUUCCGAUUCUUCGUCGGAUUCAAGCAGUAGCGAAAGUUCUCCGGAGAAAGCGCCGGCCCCAGCCCCCAAAUCUCAACUCCGCCAAACGCCUAGUAAAUUCCAAAACAGCCUCGCCGAAGCCCGCCGCCGACAGAUAUUCGAACUGGAAGCCAAACGGAACCGCACCAUAGCCCGAAUGAAGUGCUCGAAAGCACCCACGCCGAAAAAGCCGACCGAUCGGAAGCUCCUCACCGCGGCCAAAACGCGCACUGCCAUUCUGGCCGCCGCCCAGCGGGAGAAACAAAUCGUAAAACCACCGAUCGCCAGAGCUCCGCUCGUGCCAAGGCCCAAAAAUCCCCCCGGAAAGGCCGCCAUAGCCAAAGCUAUGGUGGUGACAUCAACGACUUCUUCGAAGCGCAAGAAUCCAACCCCCCGAAAGGUGGUGAUGGUGGAACGGCUGAUUCCCCAGCCGGUGAGAAUGAGAAACUCCCCCAAGCGGAAGGUACCCGUGCAGCGGACACCCCGCGCUUCGUUAGUGAUUACCGAUGAAGAUUUACCCAAAAUCAUUACGCCGCGAAAGGACCAACUGAUUGAGGGAACGUACGAGAGUGAGAAUCUCUCCCGGCUGUGCUGCACACCCGAUCUGCCCCUGGAAUCGUCGUUGGACGAUGAGAAAUCGAAGGACAUUGGGUUGAAGACAGCAAAUGAGGUCUCACCGGACUGCGACAAAGAAAAUCAACGGAUCAACAACAACGUUAAUGGCAAUAAUGAUGGCGAUGAUGACUCCUCCUCCUCCUCCUCCGAGGAGGAAGAAGACGAAGACGAUUACGACACGUGCUCGCUGAGAAAAGCCGACGAAGAUGCCGGCUUCCACUUUGUGUACGCCGACCAGAGGUCUGACACCGAUCCGACUUCCACUUGCAGCGGAUGUCACGUAAUUGGGAAGCUCAAUGUGGUGAUCGAAGAUCGUAAGGUCUGCUUGCAACCUCAGGAGCCGUUUACCCUGUUCGAGCUGGCUCCGUCGAAGACGGUAUCCGGUGGCAGCAGUGGCACCAUCUCCAAGAAGGACAGCAAAACCACCGCUAAAAGCACCUCGAAAAAGGGAGCCGGUAAAAGUGGCACCUCUGUCACCCCACCGGUUCCUCCUGCGUCGACAAAGACGGAACACGAGAAGAAAGGUGAGCUGCAGCCCGUACCAGCAGCAGGUGCAGUCAGAGCCAAGCUCAAUAUUGUCUCGGCGGUGCGGGAAUCCGUACAUUCGUCGCAUUCGGCGAAAAAAGUGGCCCAACAAUCUCAGCAGUCACAUCGAGGGGCGGUCCAACAGUCCCGCUUAGGAACGGUGGCCAGCAAAUGCGAAGAGAAAAAAGAUGAGGCGAAAGCGGUGAAAACGGUACCACCGCAGACCGAGACGGUUGAAGACAGAAACAGGACGUCACCUGUUCCGAAGAUGCCGCUCAAGCUCAAUAUGAAGAGGAGCAAGCAGACCAUGUCGUCUACAACAAGUAGCAGCCGCGUCGUAUCUCCCGAGAAGUCAUCCCGAGAGCAGCAGCCGCCACCACGACUCCUGCCACUGACGCCAGUUGCUUCGGUAGAGCCUUCGAAGCGUUCGAAGGGAGAGUCAUCACCGAAGAAGAAGGAAGACAUCCAGGAGGACGACAUCGCGGCGGUUCUGACGCAUCUUCAUGGAUCGUAAAAAGGGAUUCCACGUUCCCCGGGGAAAGGUUUCGCGAAAGCAUUGUAAAUAGUGUCGAUAGAGUAGGUUUUCCAAGUCGCAUAAUUGGAAACGCAAUGAUACACCCAUUUCUCACUGUUAUCUCUCGGUUGAUUUAAAUUGUUUUUUUUUUGUUGCUGUUGGUCAAUUCCCGAUAUUGUGUACUUUAUUUAAAAUAAUUCAAACAACUCAUCCAUUCGAUCGUUAUUCAUUUCGUCAUGAGAGUAUUAGGAAAAAUAAAACCGCAGGAUAUUUUUUCAAACAAAUUCAUGCUUACGUUAGAUGAUCAACCAAAUACGAGAUCAAUACCAUGUAUCUAAGUAGGGACUUAUAAAUAUCAACUAUUGCACGAUGAUUGACUAGUUUGAAUACUAGAGAAAUCCUUGAAUUUGCCUGAUACUACUGAUACGACCCAUCAUAGAGAAUUAUUAAU